UGGAACGGAGCCCCUGAGCGCAUGCGCGUAGCCACAGCGAUGAGUGAAUCUUCAUCCAUUCACAGUGAAAAACUCCGCAGUCUCGCACGUGACAUAUCUGAAAUUGGCCAGGACUCAGCCAACAGCAGACAUGAUGCAGGGGAGCCUGCAGAGGAAGCUGACGAGUCCAUCCCCUGUCCCAGAGGAGGACUGUGUUUUGCAGAUGGCCGCAGGAGAGUGGACUAUGUGCUCGUCUAUCACUGCAAAAGACGGCACUCACAGUCCCGCCACUCCAUCAUUUCCAAUGGCAACCUACCCUCCCUGAGCCCCACCCCUUCACGCAGGAACACUCAGCCAGAGCUGGCAGAGGUGGAGCUGGAGGCAGGCCUGGCGUCGGGGCCUGGAGAAGGAGAGAAGGCCUUAAUCAGAGAGGAGUUUGAAAGGGGGCUGCAGGAGGAGGGUCUGGAGAUUGAACGGGACAAAGAGAUGAAGACAGUGCGCUUUACCCGUCUGCAUGUUCCCUGGUCUGUGCUUAGCCGCGAGGCAGAGCUUUUGAAGAUCAAAGUUCCAACCAAGAGAACAUACGAGUUGAAAGAGAAAACUGGGCUUGCUGGAGCAAUAAGCUCACUUUGGGAGAAGCUCAAUCAGCCAUUCCAACCGGGGGUCCCAGAACCCCAAAAUCCACGUACAUGUGUCCUUUCAUUGCCAUUCAACAGAAAGAAGCUACAUCUAUUUGACAUCAAGUCGAAAAACACCCUGUUUGACAGUGCAACACGAGGACGAAUUGUGCUUGAGAUCCUUAGGCGCACGGCCUGCACACAGACUUGUCAGACAAUGGGCAUCACGUCAUUACUGGCUAAGGGUGUCUAUGAUUCAGCCUUUCCCCUACAUGAUGGGGACUUUACUAGCUCAGAUGAUAAAGAGCAUCGCAAUGACAGACAGAUGUUACAUGAAGAGUGGGCCAACUAUGGAGUUUUCUUCAAAUAUCAACCAGCUGACCUUAUCAGGAAGUACUUUGGGGAGAAGAUCGGUCUGUAUUUUGCCUGGUUGGGAGUGUAUACACAGUUGUUAAUUCCAGCCUCGGCUAUGGGCAUUGUAGUGUUCCUCUAUGGAUGGCUGACUGUAGAUACCAAUGUGCCCAGUCAGGAGAUGUGUGAUGAGCGCCUGAAUUUCACCAUGUGUCCCCUGUGCGAUCGAGUGUGUGAUUACUGGCAGCUGAGCAGUAUGUGCAGCACAGCGCGUGCCAGCUAUCUGUUUGACAACCAUGCCACUGUAGCCUUUGCCAUCUUUAUGUCUCUGUGGGCUGCUGUGUUUCUGGAACACUGGAAGAGGAGACAGAGGUGUCUGCAGCACAGGUGGGAUCUGACAGACAUGGAGGAGGAGGAGAUGUGUUUCAUGCGUGGCAAAAAGGAUGGAGCUGAGGAUGAGCUCCGUCCAGCCUAUGAAGAUUUUCUCCUUCAUAAGCGACAGAAGAAAGGCAAGGACAAAAAGAAAGAAGAGCCGGAUGGGAGAACAGAUGACAUAGGUAGAGAGAAGCUGCUGUCUGCUAAAGGAGGACAACCACCGAUUGCUUCAGAAUCUCUUACAUGGAAGGACCGGUUGCCAGGAUACUGUGUCAAUGUAUCCUCUAUACUUCUUAUGGUGGGGGUGACGUUCUCUGCAGUCCUCGGUGUCAUUCUGUACCGGAUCAUUGUUUUCGCAGUGAUGUCUAUGAACCCUGACCAUGAGGCCAAAGCCAAUGUGCGUGUUACUGUGACAACCACUGCUGUCAUCAUCAACCUUCUGGUGGUUUUGGUGCUGGAUGAGAUCUACGGGGCUGUGGCAGUCUGGAUCACAGAACUGGAGAUCCCAAGGACUGAGGCAGCAUUUGAGGAACACCUGAUCCUGAAGGCUUUUCUGCUCAAGAGCAUGAAUGCUUUUGCACCUGUCUUCUAUGUGGCCUUCUUUAAGGGCAGGUUUGCAGGUCGUCCAGGUGACUAUGUGUACGUCUUUAAAGACUUCCGCAUGGAGGAGUGUGCUCCAGCAGGCUGUCUUAUUGAAGUCUGCAUACAGCUUGGAAUGAUCAUGCUGGGGAAGCAGCUUAUUCAAAAUAAUGUGUUUGAGAUUGCUAUUCCAAAGCUAAAGAAGAUGUAUCGUACAUAUAAGGAGGAGAAGGAAGGAGGGGAGAAAAAGAAAAGCAAGGAUCCAAAUCGCCCGCGGCACCGGUGGGAUUUAGAUUAUGAGCUGGAGCCAUAUGAGGGCUUAAGUCCUGAGUAUAUGGAAAUGAUUAUUCAAUACGGAUUUGUUACACUGUUUGUGGCAUCUUUCCCGUUGGCUCCUGUCUUUGCUCUGCUCAAUAAUGUCAUUGAGAUUCGCCUUGAUGCUGCAAAAUUUGUCACUGAAAUACGGCGACCUGAUGCUGUCAGAGCAAAGGAGAUCGGCAUAUGGUACAACAUCCUGAGUGGGAUAAGCAAGUUUGCUGUUAUCACCAAUGCAUUUGUUAUUUCCUUCACAUCAGAGUUUAUUCCUCGGAUGGUAUAUCAGUAUCUGUAUAGCGACACAGGGACCAUGCAUGGCUUUACAGACCACACACUGGCAUACUUCAACACCAGCAACUUCAAACCUGGAACAGCACCCAACAGCACACGCUUUGACAGGGAGCUCCGUAUCUGCAGGUAUAAAGACUAUCGAGAUCCCCCUUGGUCACCUGAGUUAUAUCAGCUCUCUAAGCAGUACUGGUCUGUGCUAGCUGCCCGACUGGCCUUUGUCAUCUUCUUCCAGAACCUGGCAAUGUUCCUCAGUAUGCUAGUGGCAUGGUUGAUUCCUGAUGUGCCGCGCUCUCUGAAGGAGCGGGUGAAGCGGGAAAAAGUCCUGCUGAUGGAUCUUCUCCUCAGUGAGGAGGCAGAGAAGCAGCGUCGGCACUCCCAGCGCCCUGCCAACAUCGACAUCACCAUCAAGAGCCCAGAAGAGGAGGAGCCUGUUGGGCCAGAGUGUGUCACAGUGCCUCAGAGCCAAUCGGCUGAAGACCUGAACGAGCUUCAGAAUGCAGUCAGAGAGACUAAGCUUGAGCUGGUAGCAGAGGAACCUGUUACCACCACCAGUCAGCCUGAACCUGGUUCACCCACUGAGACCCCUGGCAGCCCACAGUCACCUUCCAAUCCUCAUAUCACAUCAGAUCCUCCUUUGAAUCCAAGUCAGGCAAAAACAGAAGCCCACUCUCGAGAGUUUGACCUGGAUGGGCCUUCACCUCGAGAUCCCAGCUCCAGGCCCAGGAGCCGCUGCCGAACCCUUCCUCCCAGGCACAGAGGCAAUGAAGCAGGAGACCGCUCAAGCAAAGCCAGUCAUUCUACAAGCUAUGUACAACUCAGCCAAAAGAUUCCUCCAUCACCCAGCGAGCUCUUACGUAGCACCCCCAAAGUACCAUCACAACUCCCAUGUAAAAAAGAUCUCUCCAGCAGCCAGCACUCUACAUUGUCCCGACCUCCCUCUAAAACGGAGCUUUCCAGCAGCCAAUCUUCUGCGCUGUCACGCCCCCCAUCCAAAACAGAGCUUUCAAACAGCCAAUCAGGAGUAUUGCCCCGCCCUCCAUCUAAACAGGAAAUCACAAGCAGCCAAGCAGCAGUGGUGCGUUCGCCAUCCAAGCCAGAGUUCACAAGCAGCCAAUCUACAGCACUGCCGCGACCUCCAUCUAAACAGGAAAUCACAAGCAGCCAAGCAGCAAUGGUUCGUUCGCCAUCCAAGCCAGAGUUUACAGGCAGCCAACCAACAGCACUGCCACGACCUCCGUCCAGACUAGAGUUGUCGAGCAGUCAGUCAACUGCAUUGCCAAGACCACCAUCCAAGCCUGAGCUGAUGGCUAGCAUUGCAAAAGGACUUCCCCUGCAGGACCCAAGCACAAGAGCCAAGUCCCGUUGUCAGACUCUCCCCCCUAGGCAAAGAGGACCUGAUGCUGUGGAAAGCUCAACCCCCAGAGCCAGUCACUCCACCAGCUUCACACAUCUCAGCCAGAAGGUCCCUCCUUCGCCCAGUGAGCUGACACGCAACACCCCCGUGUAAGCGUAAGUGGACAAAGCAGAGUUCUGCUCCACUCCUCCAACAGCUCUCAACCAAUCACCUCUUCAGUGCCAGGCAGCCCAGUCAACUCAUCGUCGACUCAUUGGAGGGCCCACUGAGAAGGCCCACAGUAACUGUUUGUCUGUAUGUUGAGGUCUAUUCCAUCAUGUUUGUGGUUAGAUGAUGGUCAGAUUUUUUUUGGUUGCUAUUUUGGGCACUGUUCUGUAAGUUGUGAUGUGGUGUUGGGAUGCAACGUCCGUAUUCUUGUGUGCCAAGAGGUGCACUCCAGGGGUUUUUGUGCUUCACUGGAACUAAAUCAGUUGAUUUAAUAAAAGUUUGACACAU